UCUCAUUUUUUCCCCGUUUUAGGGAGUUGACGAAGACGAAGAAGUGAUAAACAGAAUAGUGUUACAGAUUAAAUUCAAGUGGAUUCUCUCUUAUUUGCAGGAUCUCUACUAGAUGGAUCUGAAUCUCUUGAAUUGGGAUUGGGAUCAAGAAUCUUACCCUGCUUCUUCUGAUUUAUGGGUCGUCAUCUUCUUUGCUCCCUUCUUCCUUUUUCUUCGUUUAAUUCUCGAUAGAGCCAUAUUCGAGAGAUUCGCUAGAAGAGUGAUACUCCCUAGAGGAGACUGUGCUGUUUCAAACGAGAGAAGAAAGAGGAUAGUGAAAUUCAAAGAAUCAGCUUGGAAAUGUAUGUGCUCUCUCUCCCUAGAAGCACUUGCUAUCCACGUCACUUACAAAGAGCCUUGGUUUAAAGACACAAGAUGCUUCUGGUUAGGACCAGGAGACCAGAUAUGGCCUGACCAAACAAUAAAGUUGAAAAUGAAGGGGAUGUAUAUCUUUGUCGGCGGGUUGAAUUUGUAUUCAUUUUUUGCUUUGUUCUUUUGGGAAACAAGACGAUCUGAUUUCAAAGUCAUGUUAGUUCAUCACAUUGUAACUUCAUUCCUCAUCAUCUUGUCUUACGUUUUCAGAUUUGCGCGUAUAGGUUCUGUAAUAGUGGCUCUUCAUGAAAUCAGCGACGUGUUUCUAGAGAUAGGCAAGAUGUGCAAAUACAGCGGCAUCGAAUCCAUGACUAGCGUCUCCUUCGUCCUAUUUUUCUUGUCGUGGACCGCUCUGCGACUCAUCUAUUAUCCUUUUUGGAUCCUGUGGAGCACCAGCUACGAAUCAAUAAAAGUAAAAUUGGAGUGGGACAAGAAGCAUUUGAUGGAAACUGGACUGCCUCCUAUAGUGUACUAUGUCUUCAACACACUUCUCUAUUGCUUACAGAUCCUACACAUCUACUGGUGGGUCUUGAUAUGUCGUGUGCUUAUAAGCCAAAUCCGUGCCAAAGGAAAAAUCGCUAGAGACGUCCGUUCUGAUUCUGAGAGUGAAGGUGAAGCUGAUGAUGAACACCAAGAUUGAUUGUCUUGUCCAAUAUCGAAUUCUAGCAUUAGUUAUGUCGACGUAUUAUAUAUACGUUUCACCCGAUAAAAACCAUUGUCUUGCUAAUACUGUGACCAAAUAUUUUAUAGUUCCAGUGAGUUUUGGCUUUUGAAAAUGCAUGACAAUAGAGAAUUAAGGAGAAAAGUGCCCAAUAACACUAUGAAAAAUAACAAUGUUUUGGAACCGCUCUGCAUCCGUCUUGGUGACAGUAUAAUUAUAACCUUGCUUUGUUGUUGGUUU